UGAUCUUUGCCGAUGGCCUCGACGACGCGCGGCCGGUGCAUUCUGCGCCUCCUUGCGCUGCAGUGCGUGACGUUCUGCCUCGUAUUGAUCACGUACGACUGGGGCAAAGACGGCGGUACGCAGCCAAUGGCCUUUAUGCGCGAGUCCUUUGGCAACCUCCAGUGGCACCGCGUCGACGUGCCAAGUGAUACGCUUCUGCGCAAGGAUGCGAGUGCAAACCCGCACAACCGCGGCGUGGUCAUUUGCGUCCACGAAGGCAACUUUGCUGCCGCGCUCUCGCUCGUCACGGAGCUCGCGUGCCUCGGGACCGAGCUGCCGGUCGAGCUGCACCACUGCACAGAGCGCGAGCUGCCGUCCGACUUGGCGGCAGUGCUCAAGCACGCUGCGUUCACGCACGUCCGCGUUGUCAACUCGUGCGCAUUGGCCGCGGACCACGGCAUCCCGAGACCGCCGCUGUUUGCUACGCCCCGCGACGCAUGGAUGAAGCCGCUGGCUCUCUAUACGUCGACGUUCGACCACGUCAUGAUCCUCGAUGCGCACACGCUGCUUCUGCGCAACCCGAGCGUCAUCUGGACCGACGCCGGCUACGAAGCCAGUGGGUCGUACUUUUUCCGCCAGCGCAACCUUUUGACGGAUGCGAACGCGGGGGGCCGGUACACGCAUCUGCUGCGCAAAUACACGGACCUGUACCACUUGGACACGUCGGUUGAAGCCGUGAACCUCGAGCUCUCGGACGCUUUUACGCAGCAUCUCAGCUCGUCGUUUGAGGCGCUGCAGACCGUCGACCCGAGUCUCCUUGUCGUGCACAAGACCCGCUACGGCGACCGCUUGCCCAAGCUACUCAAGAACCUCAUUGGCCAAGCGCACCGCGACCCGUCGUUCGCGUGGCUCACGCCCCACGACGCGAUCUUCGCGGUCUUUGAGCUCAUGCACAAGCCGUUCCACGUGGCAACGUACGGAGCGAACACGCUCAAUGCGCCGCGCGACGUCGAGCUGCACCCGACGGUCUUCUGCGGCCCCGUCGCCCAGCGCUGGAUUGCGCCUUCUGUACAAGUCUCCAAGAGCCUCUUCUACGUGCACGCGGCGACGCUUCUCGACACAAGACCCAUCCCGACCAACGAAAAGCUCUAUAGCUACCAAGGGUACAUUGACGUACCGAGCAACGUGACGUCACUUCGCCUGCCCUCCUUGUUUAAAGAGGUCAGCGAAUACCCAACGUGCUUUGCUGACGUCCAGCGCCACGAAGCGCUUCCCGCCGACUUUUUCAGAGCGCUCGCCCGUCGCCGCGCGCAUUAUCACGCGCUUGCUCUGGGCACCUUCCACGGCUUGACAGCGUGCUCGUAAUCUCCAAUCAAUUUCAUCCAACUUGAUACUUUGAUACAA